AUGCCGUCGAACAUUCAGGUCUUUGUGAAAUGGAAAGACCAGACUAUAUUUGCGGGGGAGAAUGUGGAAUGCACCAUUACCUUCAAGAACGUGGCAGAUACUGCUUCCGAAGCCAACAAUGGAGCUGAACCUGGCCAGCACCAGCGCAAGUCCUCUCGAGUCGCAAACCACACCAGCAACUCCCCUUCGGACUCUUUUUUCUCAAUGAAAUCACCCCAGAGCCUCUUUUCGGGCCGCCGAUCCUACUCCAUCGGCUCUCAAAGGAAGCCCUUCCACCGAACUGCUUCUUCAUUGAGCUCCCCGCUCGUCGGCUCCCAGAGCUUCCCGCCCCCCAGCGGCCCCUCUACACCUCGAACUUGGCAGCCAGGCCACAGCCAUAAACGAUCCGUAUCGAUUCUCUCUAUUGAUAGUGAAGGCCAGCCGGACAAAACACCCUCACCGCAGAAUUAUAGAGGCAGGCCGGCCAGGGGUCAUGGACGUUCAGCAAGUCUCCAGAUUGUCCCCAGGAGGAAUGACAGCUAUGACGAUUCUUAUAGAAAAGGUGAUAGGAUGGUCCAUACACAUGGAUUGUCUCGAGCUUACAAUGGUUAUUAUAAAGCGAGAUCCCAUAUACCCGGCCCUCCGCUCGCUGAAUCUCCGAAUGAGUCAGCCCCCGGUGAUCUGAAAGUCGAUACUUCCCAUCUUGGACGAGCUAGCCGUACAAGCUCUGUCGCAAACAGCCCUAUUGUUCCGACUGAGCAAUUGCGCGCUUCCUCUCGAAGAUCCCAACCCCCGGCUUUCGAUUUCAAGUUUCCAGCUGCCCCUCCAACGACCGAUCCAAACAACCGACCCCGUCUUUCCCCAUCUCCCAAGUCGACAGACAGAAUCGCCCCAAGUAAGAAAUCAGCCAAAGAUGCUUCGCCGUUAGGCGCCCCGUCCCACCAGCAGCUUGCGCGAAUAAUAUCAGCCACAAGUGUGAAUGGAAGCACUCGGAGCAGCGGCGAGUUUUACUCGGUCAGCGAUCAUUCGGAUGAGACAUUGGCAUCUGAGUACACAACCUAUUCUGCUCAGGGUGCACGACCACCCCCAACACUAACCGGCCGACAUGCGCGGCAUUAUUCGAGCGUGGCCGCCUCUUCUGCCAGGCCGAAUGAUAGUCAGGCGCUAUUGAUGGGUUAUGCACAAAUAAGCGCCUCAUUCACAGUCGACGGCUCUCUCGUCAACCAAUCAGUCUUCGAUGAAGUCAAAAGGAAAGGGGUCGUUGGUGGCCAGCCAGGUACGGGCGGGCUUCCAGGUCGGCCAAGUUCUGCCAGCAGUGAUCGGUCUCGGAAAGGUGGUGGCUUUUGGGGAUCGUUUAAAUGGAAUGCCAUUGAGGAGUCGAUCAACGGGUUUCUCUCGAACAAUGAACUUGAUGGUCUGCGAGAGAUGCGUGGGGUCGCUUCAUCAAGAUCAAUUCCAUUGCUUUCCACCCCACAGUCGCUUCUCUUCGUCGACCUGCGACUAUCACCCGGGGAAGAGCAGUCGUACUCAUUCUCCUUCUCUCUUCCCAGAGGACUUCCGGCGAGUCACAAAGGCAAAGCCAUUAAGAUUGCCUACAAUUUGGUUAUUGGUACCCAGCGGCCAAGUGGCCCCAAUGAGUCUCAACGCGUCAACCGCAUCAACAUCCCAUUCCGUGUGUUCAGCGGCGUGAAUGACAAAGGAGGCGUUCUUGGCCAUGAUCUAAUGUCACCCUAUGUGAUCCUCCGUGAUGAAGCCAAGGUGCAAAAAAUUGGACCCGAUGCUCCUAUCGCUCUUAAAAGUCAGAGUAUCAGCACCCCAUGGAACUCAGCUGGAGACUUCCUGUUAUACGUGGAUGAGAUCCUGGAGCAGCGCGCACGCGCUAAUACUCUGUUUCCCCCGGGAACCACUCUUUCAAGGAAACCAAGUUUCGAAGAACUUCCACAUGCAAUGUCUUGUAAGGAUAUCAUCGACUUUGCAAUCCUUCGCAGCAACCAAGCUGUCAACUCCCGACGCAGCCCCAACCGAUUCGAGAUCGCUCGUGAUGGGCAACGCAUUGCCGUGGUUGUGUUGAAUCGCCCCGUUCACCGACUUGGAGAAACCAUCAUUGCCACGGUGGACUUUGGGAAUGCUUCAAUUCCAUGUUAUGCCGUGCGAGCGUCACUGGAGACAUCGGAGAAGGUGACACCCAGCCUCGCCGUCCGUUCAAAUGCAAGCAUUCAUCGAACGACACGCCGUAUCCAUGCAUCUCUAUUUGAGAACACCUUGUAUGCCACAAGAGUGGUCUUCAGCCCCGCCAUUCCUGUCACCGCAGCCCCUACCAUUCUCACAAGUGGCGUCACCCUCGACUGGGAUUUGCGCUUCGAGUUCGUGACACCGACCCUGCACAAUGAACAAGGACCUAGUCCAUCUGGGACACAGCUACUGGAAACAUUGUCUUCCGAUGACCGCGGCAAGGUCAUGUCCGCGAUGGAACGUUUGGGCUGCGAGUCCUUUGAAAUCUCUAUUCCGCUCACGGUUUACGGUGAAACCGUGCGAGAACAGCUGUUGGAGGAGAACGAAGGGUACGCUAUAUAA